GACAACCAAGCACAGCCGGAACAUCCCCAGCCUCGACAGCGACAAUGGCCGGCCUGGGCGACUGCUCUGUGAAGGUGGCGCUGAGGAUUCGUCCUCAGAUGGCCAAGGAGAAGAUCGAGGGCUGCCACGUGUGCACAAUGGUCACACCUGGAGAACCGCAAGUCCUUCUGGGAAAGGACAAGGCCUUCACUUAUGACUUUGUGUUUGACAUCGAGUCGGAGCAGCACCAGAUCUACCAGGACUGUGUGCACAGGCUCAUCGAGGGCUGCUUCGAGGGCUACAACGCCACCGUGUUUGCCUAUGGUCAGACGGGUUCGGGGAAGACGUACACCAUGGGGACGGGCUUCGACGUGAACCUGGGUCCAGAGGACAAGGGCAUCAUCUCGCGUGCUGUUCACCAGCUGUUUGAGGGGAUCCAGAACAGGAGGGAGCGCUCCCAGGAGGCCGGCACCCAGCCCCCCGAGUUUAAAGUCAGCGCCCAGUUCCUAGAGUUGUACAAUGAAGAAAUCCUGGACUUAUUUGACGGAACCAGAGAUGCAGAAAGUCGAAACAGGAAGUCCAACAUCAAGAUCCACGAGGACAGCAGCGGCAGCAUCUACACCACGGGAGUCACAUCCAGACUGGUUCACUCAGAGGAGGAGCUGCUGCAGUGUCUGAAGCUCGGCGCCCUGUCCCGCACCACAGCCAGCACCCAGAUGAACGCCACGAGCUCCCGCUCCCAUGCCAUCUUCACCAUCCACCUCUGUCAGAUGAGGGUCUGCAAGGAGCCGCAAAUGAAUGGAGAAGCAGAGAACGGAGAGGUUAACGGCGUGGACUCCAGCCCCAUCGCUCAGCCGGAGUUCGAAACACUGAUGGCCAAGUUUCACUUUGUGGACCUGGCUGGUUCUGAGAGGCUCAAACGUACGGGAGCCACAGGAGAGAGAGCCCGUGAGGGAAUCUCCAUUAACUGUGGACUGCUGGCCCUUGGAAAUGUCAUCAGUGCUUUGGGAGAUCAGACCAAGAAGGGAGGUCACGUCCCCUACAGGGACUCCAAACUCAGUCGCCUGCUGCAGGAUUCAUUGGGAGGCAACAGUCGAACAGUGAUGAUAGCGUGCGUCAGUCCGUCGGACCGGGACUUCAUGGAAACGCUGAACACACUGAAGUACGCCAACCGUGCCCGAAACAUCAAGAACAAGGUGGUGGUGAACCAAGACAAGACCAGCCAGCAGAUCAACGCCCUGCGUGCUGAGAUCGCCAGACUGCAGUUGGAGCUGAUGGAGUACAAGGCGGGGAAGCGUGUGGCGUGCGAGGAGGGUUCAGAGGGGUUCAGCGACCUGUAUCAGGAGAACGCCAUGCUGCAGAGAGAAAACGACACACUGCGCCUCAGGGUGAAAGCCAUGCAGGAGACCAUAGACCACCUCAAUACCCGAGUGACACACAUGCUGACCAACGAGGUCAGCGCCAUGCUGAACAAGUCAGGUGACGGCAAUGAGGAGAUCGGGGCUUUGAUCCAGAAGUACAUUCGAGAAGUUGAGGAACUGAGAACCAAGCUUCUCGAGAGCGAGGCCAUGAAUGAGUCGUUGCGACGGCAGACGACCCGGCUCUCCUCCCGCUCCACGUUCCCUUCCUCCACUCUCAGCCCCGCCCCGGGCCACCCCCCCGGGUCCUCCCCCGCCUCCAUGUCCAUGGAGGCCGAGUUGUCGGACGUGUUGCGCCGAGCCAAGGUGGACAUCGAGAGGCUGAAGAAGAAGGAGCGAAGGCAGAGGAGGACGAGUCCGGAGCUGGAGAAAGGUCUGAAGAAACGAGUGAAGCUCCACGCUCAUGAGAAUGGUGAGAACGGGCUCAAUGGACAGAAUGGAGAGUUCGAUUCAGACGACAAUUACGCUGAGGAGGAGAGCGGCUGUGAUGAAGAUGAGGGGGAGGAGGAGGAGGAGGGCAGGGAGGAGGAGGACGAGUUUGACAGCGACGAGAGCCUGGUGGAUUCAGACUCGGACUCGGAUGAGAAAGCUAACUUCCAGGCGGACCUGGCCGACCUGACGUGUGAGAUCGAGAUCAAGCAGAAGCUGAUAGACGAGCUGGAGAACAGCCAGCGGAGGCUGCUGAUGCUCAAGCUGCAGUACGAGGAGAAGCUGAUCCUUCUGCAGAACAAGAUCAGAGACACUCAGCUGGAGAGAGACCGGGUGCUGCAGAACCUCAUGUCCAUGGAGAACUACACAGAGGAGAAGGCGAGCCGGAUCAAGCAGGAGUACGAGAAGCGUCUUAAGGAGAUGAACCGUGACCUGAUGAAGCUGCAAGUUGCUCAGAAGGAGCACGCACGUCUCGUCAAGAACCAGGGGAGGUACGAACGGGAGCUAAAGAAACUCCAAGUUGAGGUCAACGACAUGAAGAAAGCCAAGGUGACUCUGAUGAAGCAGAUGAAGGAGGAGCAGCAGAGGAGGAGGAUGAUGGAGGCGAAGAGGAACCGUGAGAUCGCCCAACUCAAGAAGGAGCAGCGACGCCAGGAGUACCAGAUCCGGGCGCUGGAGUCUCAGAAGCGGCAGCAGGAGAUGGUGCUGCGCAGGAAGACGCAGGAGGUGACGGCCCUGCGGCGCCUGGCCAAGCCCAUGUCCGACCGCGUGGCCGGACGCGUGGCCCGCUGGAACCAGGCCUCUCUGGGUACAGACUCUGGAGCUGAGCUCUCAGCCAGCACCACGGCCAGCAGCUCCGAACCCGACACUGGGAGGUCGGUGAGCGGCCUGGUGAGACAGUGGAACAACAAGAACAAUGUGCUGGGAUACCUGGGAGAGAGCGAGGGAAGCAUGGAUGGAACCAGGGUCAUUGGCAGCAGGAAGAAGCUGCAGAGGAAGCCGGCCCUCCAGGCAGUUAAUGGAACAGCAGGCAGAACCAGCAGCUUCUCCAAGUCAGCCCGUCAGAAGUGGCAAACCCUGGAACGUCGCAUCAUGGACAUCGUCAUGCAGAGGAUGACCAUCUCUAACAUGGAGUCUGAUAUGGAUCGCCUGAUCAAGAAGCGAGAGGAGCUGACGGCCCAGCAGGAAGCACUGUCACAUAAAAGGGAGGUGCUAAUGGCAGAUGGGGAGGGACCAGAAGCAGAGGACCGCCUCCUACUGGAAAUUAAUGAGGACAUCGAGGUGCUGAACGCCAACAUAGACUACAUCAAUGACAGCCUGUUUGACUGCCAGGCCACCAUUGUACAGAUAGAGGAAACCAAGGAUGAGCUGGACUCGGUUGACACCUCUGUGGUGAUCAGCUCUUGCUCUUUGGCUGAGGCACGCCACCUGCUGGACCACUUCCUGAAGGCCUCAAUUGACAAGAGUUUACAAGUGGCUCAGAAGGAGUCUCAGAUCAGACUGCUCGAGGGCCAACUGAGACAGACGGACGUGAUUGGCUCGUCCCACAAUCACAUGAUCCUUGAUGCCCUGCGAGAAAAGGCGGAGUACAUCCCUGAACUCCAGGCUCUCAUCCACAAUGCACAGCAGGAAAACGGUUACACCAGCACAGACGAGGAGCCCUCUGAGUUAAGCCAAGCCUCUGACAGCAGUGUUUCUCAAAUAAAAGAAUCCAACAGCCAAGAGGAUUUCAAGACGAAGAUGGAGCCCCGUCUGUCGGCUCAGAUGAAGGCGGUGUCUGCAGAGCAUUUGGGUCCCACACUGGAUCCCUCAUCAGGCAGCAAGCAGCACAUCACCAAAUCCCUGGCGUCGCUCACCGACAUCCAGGAGGACGGCCUGAGUCUGGUGACAGGGAGCCAGGGACUCAGCCUGUCUGUGCGAGACCCUUAUCACAGGGAGAGGGCAUCCCGCACCAUCAGCCUGCCUGUCAGGGGACACACCUUUCCCAGGCAGUCUCGGGGCUAUGACACUUCCCCUAUAACGAGGAGGAAAUCUUACGACCGCUCGUUCAGGCCCACUGACGGCUACACCCCCCCCUCCUCCCCUCCUCUGAGGACGAGGAACGACCGCAACGUCUUUUCAAGGCUCACCAGCAACCAAACCCAAGGUUCUGCCCUGGACAAGUCGGAUGACAGCGACUCCUCGCUCUCCGAGGUGCUCAGGGGUGUGAUCAAUCCCAUCGGCGGUGUGAAGGGAGGUCGGACGGCGCCGCUGCAAUGUCUUUCUGUAGCCGAGGGCCAUUCCAAGCCGGUGCUGUGUGUGGAUGCUACGGAUGAGCUGCUGUUCACUGGAUCGAAAGAUCGCACAUGUAAGAUGUGGAACCUGGUCACAGGUCAGGAGAUCGCCACGCUCAAAGGUCACCCCAACAACGUGGUGUCCGUCAAAUACUGUCCCUCCUCCGGUCUGGUCUUCUCUGUCUCUACCUCCUACAUCAAAGUGUGGGACAUUCGUGACUCUGCCAAGUGUGUCCGCACGCUCACUUCAUCUGGGCAGGUGGUUUCAGGUGAUGCGUGUGCUGGUACCACAACCCGCACAAUAACGUUUGCCCAGGGGGAGUGCCAGAUCAACCAGAUAGCCCUGAACCCAUCAGGGUCUGUGCUUUACGCUGCUACGGGGAACAUUGUUCGCAUGUGGGACCUCAACAGGUUGCAAGCAAUGGGAAAGCUGACAGGCCACAUUGGCUCCGUCAUGUGUCUGACAGUGGGACAGUCUCUGUUGGGAAAAGACCAAGUAAUCACUGGCUCCAAAGAUCAUUACGUCAAGGUGUUUGAUGUGACAGAGGGAACUCUGGGUAAUGUUGGCCCAGCUCAUAAUUUUGAGCCGCCGCAUUACGACGGCAUCGAGUGUCUGGCUGUGAAGGGAGACGUGCUGUUCAGCGGGUCAAGAGAUAACGGCAUCAAGAAAUGGGAUCUGGAGCACCAGGAGCUCACUCAGCAAAUCCCUAACUCCCACAAAGACUGGGUGUGCGCCCUGGCGUUUGUCCCGGGCCGGCCAAUGCUGCUGAGCGGCUGUCGGGGGGGCAUGCUCAAGGUGUGGAACGUGGACAACUUCACUCCCAUAGGAGAAAUCAGGGGUCACGAAAGCCCCAUCAAUGCCAUAUGUGCCAACUCCAGACAGAUCUUCACCGCAUCCAGUGACAAGACAGUGAAGAUCUGGUUGUCAAAGUUGUGGAGGAAGAGGUGACGACUGAAAGACAACUGAAAUGAUGGUUUCCAUUGUCAACAACCACCUCAAGUAAUGAGAUGCGACUCUGAAAUCACAGUUUCCAAGGCAAUCAAUGUGGGGUUUUUUUUCAUUUUCAAAAUGAUAGAGCCAAUGUGGAAUAUUUUUCCAAAGGCAAAAGACUCUUUGCCUCUCCGAUUUUUUUUUUUACUGCCAAUUUGAAAGUGCCAUUCAGGGGUGAUGCUAUUUGGACCAGACAAACCACAUCUUCCUAGACAUGGAUACACUAGGCAGAACAAUAUUUCCCCUUGCAUCAAAUCUGUCUCGGUUGGAAAGGAAGAGAUAAAAGUGUCCUUCUGUUCUUUCACUAAGGUUUGAGAAACCUUGCAGAGCAGUUAGAGAUGAACGUGUGUAUUCAUGCACCGUCUGAACGUGGAGAUAUGGUCCGGAUUUAGAACUCCGAGCGACGCUAUGAUAGAAAUGGAGCUUCUAGUUUCCAUAAAAGACUAUUUGUGCUCAUUAGUGUUGUGGUUGUUCUGACACUGAACCCACUGGACGCUCAUACCCUGUGUUUUUGUUGCAGUGGAUAGUUUUAAUAUCACUGGAGAAUUUCCCUGUACAUCACUGGAACCUAACUGCAUUCAACAA